CCACAUGCCUGACGACUUACGGUUGACUAUGCUCUCCCGUACGACACCUACUCGGCAACCGCAAGCGUUGCUGCUGUUGCGCGUCGUACGAACUGUAGAAGCUGUGGCUGUGUUUUAACCUGUUUGCAAGAUGAUUCCUUGGUUGUUCCUUUUUCUAGCAGGCGUACCGACUUGCUUUGCUUUGGAAUGCUACGUGUGUACGAGUCAAGACAAAAAUAACGAAAAGUGCACCGAGACCAUCAAAACGUGCGAUCCUUCUGAAACGCGCUGCCUUACCGAAGUUCGCUGGGGAAGUACACCUUACUGGGCUCCAUCUGGUGAGAAGCAGUACUACAUCAGCAAGCACUGUUCCACUGAGGAACACUGUAUCAACCAGACUGUGGUGUAUCGAGAGCGCUGUGAUCGCAUCUGGUACAAUGACUGGGAAUGUGUAGAAUGCUGUACUGGUGACCGCUGCAACUAUUAUGUAACGCUCGGUGCAGGUCUCUCAAGGCCAUCAGCAUGGACCUGCAUAGUUGCCGCUGCUAUUGCUCUCCUGGCCUCCUACGCCAAGGCAUCAUGAUGUGGUGUCUUCUGCCUUCCUCACGGUUGUCAUUGUCCCUCACAGAUCGUUGCACUCCAGCUUUUGGUAUGUGAGGGCGUUUUGUGAGGGUAUCCACCUUCCUCCACUUUGCACGGUUCAUCAUAUUUAGCAAUACUGAUUCUCAGGAGUGGUUUCCACGAUGCUCUUCAGCUGUAUAGAAAUAAUUUAAUACAAAUUGCUGUGCAGUGAAAAUUCUGCAUCAAGAUUCAUGCUAGGGCGACAGGCAGGAGUUCAGUUAUUUUGGUUAAUAGUAGUUACAGUUGUUAAUAGUCUGUUGCCUAUCAGAGAGUCUGGUUUUCAGUAUUCUUUUAAGGUUAAUCUAUUUUAGAAAGCAUGCUGCGAAGCUCACUAUAGGUACCUGCAGUGAAGGUUCCUAUGCUGACAGCAGCACUGUAAUAUUAAGCUAGUGAGUAGUGAAGGCAGCUUUUAGUAGGAUGCUCACUCUUUCAUGGCACCAACUACUGUUGCUAAACUAGGCACAUGACUGUCCUGUUUCAGCUAAACAUAUGACUGGGCUUGAAAUUUUUUAGAACAUGAGAUUUUUGAAAGAGUGUGCAGUCUUGCUGCACAGCAUGUAUUUAGAAGUUGGUGUGUUGUUCUACUACUACUGUACAGACUGCUCAUUUGGGUUUUGAGGGUAUGCAUGUCAAAUGUGGGUGGUGCUAUAGACAUUUGAUUGAAAUAUGGCUUUCAAGUCUGGCUUCACCUGAAAAAUAUUGUUCACAGUUCUGUUCUCUUGACCUUUGUGGUCAGCAAUGCAAGUGUGUGUUCCAGUGUUGAGGCAAGUUCAAUCAGCAGUGUCUGUGCCAGGCUGAGUGUGCCAUGCAUACAAGUGAUGAAACAGAUGUGUGCUCAGAUUGCUUAGAAUGUGGUCUGAUAUUUUAUUGAAGCCCAAGCGGUUGGUGUCUGCUGCUUGGUAUGCAACACCGCCAUUUUCACGGUUUUUAGCCCAGCAGACUUUCCAGCAUAUUGGCUGGUAAAUAAAUUUGAAUUUCAAGCGUUGACAAUGCCAUUGGAUGUGUCGAAGCAAUAAAAAAGCUUACACUAAUUUACAGUUAUACAGUGGACUUCCAUUAAUUGAACUCUGGCCAAUUCGAUUUCUUGGUUAAGCCAAGUUCGGUUGAUUAAUUCGAUCAUGACUAAAGGUUCCAACUGGUCCUCAUGCAUUUCUAUGGGCCCAAACUUUUGUUGUUCAGAUCCUAAAAUUGGCCUUUGUAGGAUAAUUAGAAUUUGGCCAGCCAGCACAUACGCAGCUUGACCCCUAUGGUGAUGCCAACAGUGGCCCCUUUAGCGGCAGUAUGUCUCAGCAGAGUUUAGGGGACAGUGAAUGCGUUGAGAACACAACACUAAAAAUCUCCCAUUGUAAAUGUCUGUUCUCGGCCUGCCCUAGGAUAUACUUAAGCAAUAACUGUAGCUCGCACUAUCUGAUUACAGCAGAACCUCGUUCAUACAUUUUAGAAAAAAAAUCACGAGAAAAACACACCAACCGGGAGAACGCACAAUGCAAGGUCAUUAAAAAAUUUGUCAGACUCAACUGUAGUUGACAUCUACGUAAUGCGAAGCAUUGCGCAUGUCAUUGCAGCACGAGAGGCUGAUGUGCGCUGAGCUGGUGGGGCCCGAGCGACCCGAGACAUGCAUUCUCGUCUUUAAUGUGAUGACGUUGAGGGCCCCAUGGCACUCAAAUCCACUGUCGGUGUCGGACGUCAUUUCGUGAAAAAUCAUUCUGAACCACAACUACGCAGGCCCUCCGCAUGGUGCAGAGUCGUUACUGAACUAACUGAAUUCCUCAAAGUAAAAUGCGUAAAAUCGUAUAGUACGUCCUAAACACAACCUACAGACAUGAUAGUGUAGGAGUUUAAUUUGAAUAUACCAGAAAACAUAAUUCUGUUACGCAUUAACUCAAACACAAAUUUCUUUUCCCGUGUUUCUACUAUUCAUAAAGCGGCAUGGCCCACUCAGUUCCUUGCAACAACACCAUAGCGCUCACCUCCGCGUGUCCACAAGAAAGCUGCAUUUGCUGGGGAAGCAUGACAAGCAGUCAGGGGUCUUUGAAUGCUACCGCGUUCCACUCUUAAAGGCGAAGCUUAAGCAUCCUCCAAAUUUUUGUGGCUACAGCAAGCUUAUGUUUGCACUCGUCGAAGUCAAAAUGGGUCAGCAGCUUCUUCAGGCAUUAAGUUUUGGUGUCAGUUUUGAUGUGCUCAUAUGGUGCGCGAUAGGAAAUGCUGACAUGGGCACGAGAUAUCAACACCUGUUAAGCUGGCGAAGCCCGAACGGUCCGUUGUUGUCUUUUAACACGACAGCGUUAAGGGCCCCACGUCGAAGAAAAUUGGGCGUCCCGUGUCCAGCGUCAGCAGUCUUUUCGUGAAAUGUCAUUCCGAACCACGCAUACCCAACCACUCUUCUACCAUCACAGUUCCUCAUACCUUGUCCUUCAUUCCUUACAAAGUUAUUCCUCGGAAUUUUGAGAAUGACAGCCAUGAACAAAUGUAACGGGAAAAAGAAACACCGACAGUGUAUACUUUUAAUGUUAUAUAUUCUCAGACUGAAAUAUUAAAUGUGCGAAACAGUAACAGGAGAUCCGCCCACUCAAGAGGCUGCGUUUCUACCAGAAAGUUCACCUUCGUGCAUAGCAUUCGCCACGAGCAUUUCCCAGUAAACAUUAUGGCUACAUAACCUGCGGUUGCCGGGAAGUGUGAAAAGCAGUCAACGAUCUUUGAAUGCUAUCACGUUCGACUCUUAAAGGCAAAGCUUAAGCAUCCUCCAAAUUUUUAUUGUGUAGCAUUUCGAAAACAAAAUUGAGCUGGUGGUCUUUGCCAGAAUCUAAUGCCACCAUAGUGAAACAUGAUCCUCACUUCGCGCUGCCGGCAGCAGUGCAUUUGGGUUACGGUUACCGUCUUUUAAAAGCGUUCAGUAUGCUUUCAAUGGCACUAUGCCGCGCGUGCUGCCACAAGUGAAGAUGCUUAUUCCAAUAGGAUUGGUGGCAAUAAAGAGAGGUUCUUGUUGGGGAGGGAAAAUUGUGGUAAAGUGCAGUGCAGUAUCUGUCUCUCAGUUGAGGACACCUCAACCGCACUGCGCAGGGGGGGGGGGGGGGGGGGACAAAAGUAGAGGAAGAGAAAGGGCAGGCACCAGAGGCAGCAGACCAUGGCAAUAGCAGAAAAUGCAUGGCAUGCGAUGACCAGUGAGAGUAUUUGUCAGUACCAGGAUAGGAAACAAAGUGCACAACGGCAUUUUCACAUUGCACAUACUGCCGAGUAUUGUGGGAAAGCUACUGUGGGGUGUGGCUACUGUUCUUGAUUGGGCGCGCCUCGCUCCUUUUGUUGUUUGCAUGGGAUCUAGCGGCCGGAAAAUGUAUUGUACGACUGCGGUUUGUAGAUGUACUGAACGUUAGUGCCAAAAGAUCGUGUUUCUGGGAACGUACCAACCAGCAAGAAAGUAGCGAAACUGUAAUAUGAUUUCUGUGUCCUCAAUGGUGAAUGUUGGCACUGGGAAAUCGUGUGAAACAGGAUUGUAUUAACGAGGUUCUACUAUACGGUAUUUACCCAAUUCUAAUGUGCGGCUUUUUAAUAUCUUUUUUCAAGAAAAUUGGGCCGAAAAUUGCCAGCAAGGUACAAUCGUGUAUGAAACUGAAACCUCCUUCACGGCAUUCGUAUGCUUUAUUUACCGCAUAACAUAUGUUUACUGCUGUGUAGCAGAAUUUAAAAACAUGCGGUGAAGCCGACUUUAGGAAACCGGCCACCAUUGUGCAAUAUAUUAGACUUAAUGAGAGCAGCAUUCCGGGCAAGUUGGUAAUCCAUUACUCAAGUAUUAUUGUGCAACAAAAAAGACAUGGACGUAAGAGAAGGCACACCCUGUGCUUGAUGUGUCUUCUUCAAGAGAGACACAUCCGUGUCUCUUUUGUUGCGCAAUAAUACUUGAGUAACAUAUUAGACCCUUCCCCAUUUUGUUUCGCUAAAAAAUUGGGUGCACAUUAAAUUUCUACUUUUCUUUGGGAGAUUUGAUGUAAUUUCUGUUAGUUCUUUUACUUUGGGCACAUAGAAAGUAGGCGCACGUUAGAUUCGAGAGCGUGUUAGAGUCGGGCAAAAACUGCCAAAUGUAUCGGUGCUGCGUUUUCAUGUUUUUCUGCCUCUUGUUUAAUUUGACCUGUUUGAUAACAGAAGUUGACCGUAAUACCCUUGUCAUUAUAGUAUGGCAGCCUUGCAGUGCACACUUCUGAAUGAUUCGAUUUGUUCUUGGGAACAUGUAAUGUGCAAAUCAAGAUAUCUGAGGUCAAGAAGAUGGGACAUACAUGAACUUGCAGGUACGUAUGUAUACUGUCAAACCUAUGUGUAACAAAUGUGGAUAUAAUGAAUUAUUGGCUGUAAUGAAGUAACCAAGAAGUUUGAUUGGUCGUGCUUUAUUUCAAAGGAGUAUUCUCCUCUUAUAAGAAAAUAGUCAUGUUUGUUAAACAUGACAUGGCAGUGGCAAAAUUGUGCUUAUUUGUGUGAACAGCUGCCUUGUCUGUAGGUGUUUAUCUUGCAAUAAAGUCAUAGUCCUGACGAGCUGCUGUUGCAUGGUGGAGCAGCCUUCAAUGCUCCCUUUGCCUCUCAAGGUUGGUAUGGAGGAAAGCAAAGGGCUGUGCUGCACCCAGUGGUUUCAUUCAGAUUUCCCACUUCGUGCCUUGUACUAGGCUGAGUCUGGUGCCACUCCACUUAUAAUAAUCUGGUCUAAAUUUUAUGUAUGGCAGUCAGAACCAUGAAAACUUUGUAUAAAGUGAUUUCUUUAUAACAAGGGUUUACUAUAUAUAUUGUACUGUAAACUAAGGAGCAGUGGGGCUGUGGCUAGGAGAGGGAGAACGACGACGAGAGAGAGCCAAACCUUCUUUCGGUGCUCGUAAACUUGAAUCUCGUAAAUCUCGAAUCGAAUAGAUCUCGGAAACUUGAAAACGCCACUGCUCAGAAGAGCAAGUUAAGUAUCAAGAAGUGUAAAUGUUUGUGCCAGUAAUGAAACUUAUUUGCAACAUUCAGUGGCAAGUCCUUUGUUUCACUGUCUCUACAUUGUUCUUGCCAUGCACUGCACAUUGAACUGCUCUUUGUCCUGUAUAAGGCACCAGAAACUCUGUGGACAGAAGCGCACAGGAAAUACUUGCCUUCCACUUAUGCACAUGCUUGAGACUUGCAUCUUUAAGCUGGAGGUGAAGCUUUGCACUGCAUAUUUGCUGCUGUUGCCAUUCAGCACAAAACAUUGAGGGAACAUUCCACAUAUUCAUGGUAGUGAAAGGUUGUACAGCAGACUAUAAUGCUCAUUACAAGAAUUCACAUUUAUGAAAACUGAGGAACUGUACAGUUCUGCUGUAAUGCAAUUGGACAUAUUCUGCUGACUUGUUGAUCAGCUGUUGUGCAAGAAUUUCAAAAACUUAUGCUUGCAUGGAAAAAAUUUAACUGCAAUAUUUAUCUGUAGUAAACUUCCAUAUUCAUAUUUUCUGUUUUAAAUUCACGAAUUAAGGUCACUAAUUGGGCGCCUGGGAAAAUCACCUGUUUUGCAUGUCACUCUGCCAGCACUGGUAGUUUGCAAUAGUAAAAACAGAACUGCUCAGCUACUGCUUAGGGCAUGGUAGUGUUCACUAGAUUUUUGUAAGGUACCGUUUCUUUAACUGCAUCUUGCUGAAGAGUGCUAUGGUUCUACAGGGGGACAUUUAUAAUCUACAGAAACUUUCACUUUUCACAACACUUCUUGUGAGCUAAGCCACAAUAUUCAGAAGUACUUGGUCAUCCUGGGUCUCUUCAAAGUAUUCGAUAGCUGUAUUUUCUACCUUGAUGUCUGUCGUAAUGUAAGUUUAUCAUGUAAACUUGUCCUUUACGUGUUUUUCAUCUUCCCUCUGUUGUUAUUAACCAUAUCAUAAGAAGCCAAUAAACAAAGACGCUACGGAUAACAUAGGGGAAAAAACUUGUACUUAAUAAUUGAAUUAAAGAAAAUGAUAAAUUAAUGGCAAUGAAAGUGGAUGAAAAACCUUGCCGCAGGUGGGGAACAAUCCCAUGUCUUCGCAUUACGUGUGCGAUGCUAUUAUGUUAGCUUCUUAUGAUAUGAUUAAUAAAAAUCAGGCCCCUCGGUUAACCCACUUUCCUCUGUGUUGUUAUUGUCACUCAUCUUGUUCCCCUUUCCCUUUCAACAAGUGCAGCACUCUUUCUCAAAGUUAUUAGGCUUAACUUGUGUAACUAGGUAUAAUGCAAGAAAACUUUGUUGCUCUUACUAUGGAGGAACCUACUGCUCAGUUCAUACUGCUAAUAUGUUCUGACAGUAGAGAAGCAUAGUUGUGAUUCCAGAUUGUGUGUCCUUACAGCUUGGAAUUUUUUACAUAACUACAAAAGUGUCUGCCAUAAGCAGAAAAUGCAGACUAAAAUGGAACUGUUUCGAAUUCUUUAGAACUUGCCCCUUUAUGUGCGACUACUUACCAGCUACAUACUUGUACAGUGUGAGAUAUUGGUCUUGAAUUUUAUUAGAGCUGUAUAACCACUUUUGUGCUCUAGUGUAUUGACAGCUUUCACCGAGUACAAGAUAUUCCCUAUUGGCUUUCCUUCACCUGUCAUUAAAGAGGGAGGAUAAGUUGCGUUUCUUUGUCAUAGGGUGGCUUUUGUUCAGUAUACAACUGUGCACUAGUGAUGUUUUUAUCCUGAUGAGCUCAGAACUGCCUGCCGACUGCACUGCAUUCUUACAAUUGUUUUUGUGCCUUUAAAGGACAUACAUCUGUUAUGCCUUUAAAUGAGAAACGCUCAGCUCUUUUUUUUUUCAUUUUUAAAAUUAACAUAUACCUUACACAGGUUGCUUGUAAUGUUAUGAAUAAACACAUGGCUAUAUUCACUAUGUUGGAACAUUCGUGCCAUGAUGUUUUGUUUGGCAUAACUUGAUAGCAUUCCACCAAGUACCAUGGCAUUCACAACUUGCAAUCAUUGGUUUUGAUUUUAUAAGUGCAAGCAAAGUUAACUGAAUUUUGUGUUUUAUUAAAAAGCAGUUUUACAAAUGAGCAGACUUGUUGGUGACCAGGUUGAUAUCCGUCCAUUUUUUGUACAUAAAGUAUCUUCUUUUGCAUCUUCGCAGUCAUACAUAUACAUAUAUAUAUAUACUUUUACUCAAGAAAUAUAUAUUUGUGGCUUUUCAGUAACUUUUUGAGUGUGUCUUCACUUUCUUGUGACAUGUUUUCAAGUUCUUAGAAAAAUUUGGUUUAUGUUGGAUAUUUUAGAGUGGCACAAGCUGCAAAGGCCUGGUUGCAUAAUGUGUAUCACAUGUUUAUGUCCAUGAAAGUGGGCUGCUUUGUACACACAAUGAUCUGUACAACAAAGCGAGAUGUUGAGACGUAUUAUUGUGACUUGAUGCCUUUAUAUUGUUUAUCUCAUGUACAAUAAAUGAAGACACCUGUUUGAGAACA